AUGUCACUACUAGAAACAUUAAUAAAAGAGAAAAGAACGUGGAUUCUGACUAUGGAAAAAUGUCCAGAUACAGUUAAGGGACUGGGAAUAUUAUAUGCUAAUAAUAUUGAUGCUGAAAUUUUUAAGAAAGAAGACCAUCCCGAUUUAGUUCAAGAUGUCUUAAAAGAGUUUAAUUUCAAAUAUUUUCCUACGAUUUUUAUCAAUGGAGAAUUUAUAGGGGGAGAUAAAGAGCUGGAAGAAUACCUUAAAAUUCAUAACAAAGUAAAGCAUAUCUAA